AUGAAACCAGUCGUAUCAACAUUCCAAGCAUAUUGUUGCUUCAUACUAUCAUCAUUCGCAAUUGUUAUAUUAUCAGUAAUAGGCUACUUAUUCAAUACAAAUAGUGAACCCUUCAUGGGCUCAAUAAAUGAUCCAGAGGAUGGUAAAGCAGUUGCUAAUACUGUAUUUGGUGGUGUUUUUGUAUACUUGGCAUUUUUCGUCUUUUGUGGUUUACAAAUACUUUUGAUCAAGAGGCAGAACAGGAUCAAGUUGUGA